AUGCCUCUACCAGCACAAACGAUUCGAGAACAUCCUUAUCAUAAAACUACGUCAAAUGAUGAACGGUCGUCAGGGUGUAACAGCAUCACCUCGCCCGUUACUGUUGUGGACGCUAAUUUAGAUACAAGUGGUGAAAGAGAAAUUGUAGUGACGUUGAAUGAUGGGGUUAAAAUAGAAUUUCAUUUUCCAACUUCUAAAGAAAUCAGGUAUCGAUUUUUUUAUCGAACAGCCAAAUCUUCGGACAAACCAGAUCGUCCUCCAAACAAGUUCUUUAUAUUCCGUACAAUGUUCCAAGGAACAUUGGAUACAUUUAAGCUUCAAGUUCCAAUUGUUUCUGAUAAUAAAGUUAAAGAAGCAUUUUCAAAAUUAGCGGAAAUUGCGAAAAAUGAGCAUAGUAAAAUAAAUCCUGACUACAUAUACAAGCAAUACCGAAAAGUCUCUUUGGCUAAAUCAGAUCUAUCGUCGCCCUCUUGUGAAGAAGAAUCAAGUGAAACCUCGAGGUCUCCGCCUUCUCCAACAACACCUUCGCCUUCAUGGUCGAACACGUAUACCAAUAGAUUAUCCUGUCGAUUAUAUGCCAAGUUGCUUUUCUGCCAAUCAAUUGGAAAAUUACGAAUCUCCGACGAUGUAUACUGUAAUUGUGCUCAAAACGAUGCGAUUUUCCAAACUCGCUCGACCUUAAUUCCGAUUAUCAAGUUACAUCACGAUGCAUGUUACACCUCAAUUUGUCCGACACAAUCACCAUUUUUAUCAUAUACGCCACCAGCAUACAAUAUUCGCAUGAUAAAUCUAUCAAAAUUUGAGCAUUUACAAGAAGUAAAAAUAGAAACCUCAAUCGCGUUAUCGAACUAA